AUGAAGUCCUUCUCCAUCGUCUCCAUCAUCGCCGCCGCGGUUGUCGGUCGUGUCGCUGCCCAGUCCACUGGUGAACUUGGUAAUGCCACCAUCGUCUCCAACUCGGCCGGUGUUGUCUACGAGGCCGUCCUUCCCGAGAAGCCUUUCUACAAGGCAGGCUCGUUGGAGGGCAACGUCCAGGGCUCCAUCGUCGCCGUGACUGCCCCCGACGGCAAGGGUGUCGAGUUCAAGGUCCGAUUCUCGAACCUCCCCAAGGAGGGCGGUCCCUUCACUUACCACCUCCACGUCGAUCCCGUCCCCGAAGAUGGCAACUGCACCAAGACGCUCGCCCAUCUCGACCCCUUCAUCCGCGGCGAGGCGACCAAAUGCGACAGCUCCAAGCCCGAGACGUGCCAAGUCGGUGACCUGAGCGGCAAGCACGGCGCCGUCGCCGUCGACUACGAAAAGACCUACGUCGACCCGUACCUCUCCAUCGUCGAGGGCCCCGGCUCCUUCUUCGGCAACCGCAGCUUCGUCUUCCACUUUGCCAACAAGACCCGCAUCAGCUGCGCCAACUUCAAGCUCAUCACCAAGCCCGACUCGCACGACAACUGCUCCACCACCACCGCGGCGACCAUGAGCGGAACCGGCGCCGCCCCUACCGCCACCUCUUCGCCGACGAGCUCCAUCGUGCCGUUCCCCGGUGCCGCCUCGAUCAGCGGCGCUUCCAUCUCGCUCAUGAUUGCCGGUUUCGCUGCUGUCAUGUUCGCGCUAUGA